GUCUAUGCCGGCAGCACUCCCUACAAGCCAACUCGUGGGUAAACUUUAUCAACAGUGGGAGACUCAUGCGUGCAGGGCAUCGGUGUUUCUCAUUUAACACGAGGGAAAACACCGGAAAACCACCUCAGUUUUUGUAACAACCCUGUAUACAGGGAGCAGUUUAGGGUUUAAUACCACACAUGCUUCUCCCACCCCACACCCCUAAUGGUAAUUUAAAGUUUUAUUUUCCUACCAGAAGUAGCGAGUGAUUUGCCUGUAAUAAAUCGAUGUGGGAUUAAAAAAUAACCCACAUUGUUCGAAGCAAAGGGGCCAAUGUGUAAUUUCCGUUAAACAAAAGUGGCUAACCUGUCUGGAGAUUCCUGAAACUGGAAACAAGCAAUCGGUGAGCAGAGGGAGAGAGAUAGAGAGUGAUUUCUCAUCCAAGAUCUUCCAAACUAUGCCGACUGGAGGUGAUGGAGACCACAGCGGAGGCAUUGAUAAAGAAGCCGCCAUUGCGAAGACUGCUGGGUUCGUAGUCUUCUCAGGAAUCGCCAUGAGCCUCCUCAAAACCCUAAAUCCAUUCGAUAAGAAUAAAGACAACACCACCGCCACCGUCGAUAGUUGCAGCACCAAGUCUUUCAACGGAUCUAUCAUGCCGCUUCAAGAAUCGAUAUCUCCUCCUCUGCAAGAGCUUAUCAAGCCUGUGAUAACCCAAGAAAGGCCAGCAUCGUCGGCUCGGACAGUAGAGAUUGUGAAGGGAGAUACCUUAUGGGGUCUCUCCAGGAAAUACGGGGUAUCUAUUGAUGCAAUCAAAGAGGCUAAUGGGCUCACAGGGGACACUAUCUAUGCUGGGAAGAAGCUCGUCAUUCCGUGAUGGUCGAUGAGAAUGAGGAUUAGGAUCUAUUUUAGGGUUUUACUCGGAAUUGUAAGAAGAGGGAAGGUCCAAAGUCCAAAUGUCUGUACCAUUCUCCUGUAAGAAAUUGAGAAGAUAAGUAACAUGACUGAACCUUUAAUAUUUGAGAAUUGAAACAGAGGUCGGCUGAGAUGAUUUCAAUAGCUAAAGAAGAGAUGUGAUCAGAUGAAAGGGUUGGGUUUAAUGGAUGAUUAUAUCUAUCACACAUUUUGCUCAUCAAUUGUUCGAUGAAAUGGAAGAGCAUUCUAUAA